CUUGGCUUAUUUCAUGUUAUUUACUCAUAAUUGCUUGAUGAUUAACUCCAAUCUCGUUAUCAUCCAAAAUCACAGCAGCCUAAUGGAACAGGAGAUAUUUUGACGCCUACACCAUCUCAGCCGCCGUAUGUGGCGACAAUGGGAUCUCUAGAUUUGCAACAACAAACGUACCCAAGCAGUACAACAAUGGAAAUUACUCCGUCGAAUCAAAGUAUGGACGUCAGCGACCAGUUUUUCCAGCAACCCUUGGUGGAAAGCCAAGCUUCAGCUCUAUUUGCCGCGAAUUACAUGAUGCCCGCCAAUCCAGUGGAUCUUCAUAUGCCUCCAACUCCCAUUGUAAAGAGUCAAGUCGGUCCUAGCACCCCCAUGUCUUUUAUGCAGCCAUCCAUGGUCGUUUCAUCUCAGGCUCAAUCUCCCUUGCCCCCUACCUAUCCGCCAAUCACGGACUUUGACCCGACCGCUUCAUUUGCCUCUCCUAUGCAUCAAGUAAAUAACCCAACUACAGAAAUGGCAUGGUUAUCGCAAUCACAACAACCGCAACAACCGCAACAACCAGCCUCAGCCACUCUCCAUCAGCAUUUCCAUGAAGCGGAGCAGCAGCAGCAACAACAACAACAGCCAACGCAAUCCAUGACCGGAACCGACCAGAUGCUAUUGGACACAACGAGCGCUUCUUCCAACCUGAUGGAUUUCAAUCAACUUCCCAUGGAUUAUUUUGGAACCAUGAAUACGAACCUUUCGUAUGCAAAUAUUCCUUCAAUGUUUAACCAUCCUUUCCAGGAAACUGGUCACCGUGAUAGGGCUCACGAUGCUUUCAAAUUCGGUUACCCUUCUGGUAUGCCUUUCCUCGUUCAAGCUACCGAGCCAAACUUCACUCCGAUUCCCACACCCGUAGUACCUUCAAAUGUAAGAGAUGACAAUGCGAUACCCGUCAAAGAUGACCAGCGAAAAGUGCGGCGUUCUUUACCGAGACGUCACACUGUUUCCACCCCUUACAGCGCCAAAGCCAAAGACCCAAUCGACCCCGCCACUACCAUCAAUCCCGAACAACCCCAAGCUAAAUUCCGAAAGUAUCUGAAAGCAAAACGACAUCGAUCGCUUGGCCGCUUGGAACUCCCGCCUUCACCGAGUCCGCACGAUGAACGACGUUUAGCCGAAACCUCCUCGCCUUCCGUAUGCAGUCCUCUUUCAGCAGAACUCGAUAUGCUUUCCAAUGAACAAUUGCUGGAACGGGUGGUAGAAUUGGAGCAGGAAAAACAGGCUGCCCUCGCACCCGCUAUGGAUCGCAAAGUUUCCAGCGAAUCAUCUAUAAAUUUUGAAGAAACCCAAGAUGAUGAAGAUGAAGAAGAUAAAAAUCAAUGCUUAUGGGAAGAUUGUAUGCUAGAGUUAAAUUCACUCGACGAUCUGAUCGAUCAUGUCAAAACAGCCCAUAUUGGCAGUGGCAAGCCACUGUAUUAUUGCGGCUGGAGAGACUGUCAUCGUAAAGAUAAGCCAUUUUCGAAACGGCACAAGAUGCAUAACCAUCUCCGAACUCACACCGGAGAGCGACCUUUUGCAUGUACCGAAGAAGGUUGCAGCAAACGAUUCUCGCGCCCAGAUUCACUUACAACGCAUAUGAAAAUCCAUACGAAUAUUCGUCCCUAUUUAUGUCCCUAUGAAAAUUGCGGCAAGGCUUAUUAUCACUUACGAUCUUUACGCAAACACGAACGAACGCAUGACGUCGGAACGGAUCACAGCAUGCCGCCCACCAACGUAGCACAUACACUGCCUGCCCAUGUUGUUCAACCGUCGGAAGCAUCAUUGACCAAUGAAAUCCCACCAAAUACCCAUUUCCUUUGAUGGAAAACCCUGUAUACAGUUUAUUUUCAAGUUCCAAGUUACAAAAAUUAAAAAAAAAGGUCUAAUGACAAAAAUUUAAGCAGCAAUGAAAAUAGUCUGAAGACAAACUGAUUUGGAAAAAAUCAUGAGUCAAAAUUAUGGAAAAUAAGCAAGUCAGUCUAGCGAAAUG